AAAUCAAGCGAUUAGACAAUGACGUCGAAGAUUUGAUGAAGAUGUUCGCUGCAAGACCUGCGGGGCCUCCGGGUCCCCCAGGAGGUCAGGGGUCACCGGGGCUGGAGGGGAAGGCAGGAAAUGAAGGUGUGGCUGGUCCGCCGGGGGAUGCGGGCAAGGCAGGAGUGGACGGACAUGCUGGUCAUGAUGGAAGGGAUGGACCUAACGGCGCGGUUGGGCUUCGGGGUGAGGAUGGAAGACCCGGCCAGCAAGGGCAACUGGGAGACUUCGGCCCUCGAGGUGCACAAGGAGCACCUGGGCUCCCAGGCAUGCAGGGACAGGUUGAGCCUCUUCAUCUUGUACCCGCCACUGACCAUAGGCUAUGGGCUCUAGGCUGGUGUACCUGGAGCUCCUGGAAUGGUUGGAAUGCCGGGCAUGCGAGGUCCUGUUGCAGGCAUUCAAGCUGA